AUGCCAUCGCACUUCACUCCACGACUCAUUGUGGCAACAAUGACUGGAGUGUUGGUCAUCAGCCUCACUGUUUUCUUUUUCUUCAGUCAAGCUGCACCGUUCUUUGUGCCGCGUGAAAUAAAUCACACAGCGUCAUCGCGUCCCUCGGACUUCGACACCUCUUCUAAUUUUGUUCCGCGACAGAACAUAUGGGCAGAUUUGUCCGAUCGGGAAGUUGUGGACGUUCUAAAGCACGUCCAUUCUGUUGCCUCUGAUCUCAACCUCACAGCCGCCGUGAAUGCUACAUUGUGGGACAACUUUGUUCACGGAAUUGAACUGUCUCGGCCCACUAAGAAGGAUGCCCUGAGGUUUAUUACCGGUGUAUCUGAGAAACCUACCCCAAGAUAUGCGCGAAUCGCCGUCCACCAUGGCACAUCCUCCGAAGUAUACUGGGAUGAGUAUAUUGUGGGUCCGUUGCCCGUGUCGGAAGACACAAAAAUAAACCCCGUUGAGUAUCGUCAUCGGACAGAGCUCGAACAUGCGCGAAAUCUUGUACCUGAUGCAAUUUCUUUCAAGCACUGGCCCUACUCAAUCGCUCAAUCUGUGGCCGAUAUCACGCAGGAUCUCCUUGGAAGCACAAUUAAUGCAGACGGAAAACUCGAUCCAGAUGGUCUGGAGAUGAGCUUCCGCGACCCCUGGGUUAAAGAUGGUCGCAUCCUGCGCUGGUGUAGUUUCCAGCGGGCUGGAAGUCGCGCCGAAGCAGGAACCCUUCUUCCACAAGGUCUUUACGUCAAGCUAGACACCACUGGACGAGAUCCAAACAAAUGGAAAGUGCUCCGAUGGUAUUACAAUGGACAUUUGUAUCACUCUACGGAAGAUUUUCGCGCUGCAUGGCAAUCACCCGGAUUUGACAAAUUGCCACCGAACCAUGAUGGGCCCUGGACCACUAUCGAGGAGUUCUCAUCUCAUGUAUAUGAGCGAGAAAAGCCAGCGCCUAUCAUGAUUCACGCAGGAGGGCCACGGUAUCAACUAGACCGCCAUGCCCAGUAUGUGUCAUGGAUGGGCUUUACCUUUUACUGGUCAUUUGCGCAGGCAACGGGGAUCACCUUGUUCGACGUACGCUUUCAAGGAGACCGCAUUCUGUACGAACUGGGCCUUCAGGAGGCCAUGGCGCAGUAUGCCGGUAGUGACCCACUUCAGGGAGCUGUGGCAUAUCUGGACAGCUUCUUUGGCAUGGGUCGUGCAAUGUUCGAAUUGGUUCCCGGCUACGACUGCCCCGCUUAUGCAGAUUUCAUGGACACAAUUAUAUACGAUGCUGAGCGCACCCAGCGACGGCAAAAGACUAUAUGCUUGUUCGAGUAUACGGCGGAUUAUCCCCUGCAGCGACACUCGACAUCAUUCUAUGUAUCCAUUUCUCGAAAUAAUUACCUCGUGCUGCGAACCACGGCUGUAGUUGGAAACUAUGACUAUACUGUUGACUAUGUAUUCUAUCUGGAUGGAAGCAUUGAGAUCAAAGUACGGGCCAGUGGGUACAUUCAAGGUGCGUAUUUAGUGCCUGGUGAAACCCAGGAAUACGGGUUUCGCGUGCAUGACCAAUUUUCAACUAGCAUGCACGAUCAUGUCAUCAACUUCAAGGCCGACUUUGACAUCAUUGGUUCUCAGAAUACCCUCAUCAAAGUGGAUAUUGAGCCAAAAACUAAAUCCUACCCUUGGUCCGAAGGGGAGGGAUUGCAUACCAUGGGGCUCAGCAGCAUUCCCAUUUCAAAGGAAUGUGGUUUCAACUGGCCCUCUAAUUCACAAUCUAUGUAUAUUGUGACGAACAAUCAUUCGCAAAAUAAGUGGGGAGAGACUCGUGGUUACCGUAUUAUGCCUGGCUCGGGGAUGGGUACACCCGCGCAUCUGGCGUUCGAAGGCUCUCGCAGUCUGGGCAGAGCGGCGAUGUGGGCCACGAAAGACCUUUGGGUGACGAAACAGAAGGAUGACGAAGUGCGAAGUGCCAGCCCACGCAAUGCCUUCAACACGGAUCAGCCUAUGGUUGAUUUUAGUCAGUAUCUAGAUGAUGAGGAGAUCGAACAAGAAGAUCUUGUGAUAUGGUUUAAUCUGGGAAAUCACCACGUACCACACUCGGGAGACAUUCCCAACACUCUACAGCACACAAGCUCUAGUUCUGUCAUGCUUGUGCCAUUCAACUUUCAUGACCGUGACGCCAGCCGUAAGAGCGCGCAGGGAGUUCGCGUGGAUCUUGCCGGACAAAAUGGGGGAACAGCGAAGGCCCAAUUCUUUGGCCAUCACUACGAACAUGGUUUCGUGCUGGAUGAGAACCAUGUGAUUCCUAAUUUAACCGCAUAUGGUGCCCAAGAGCAUCACGUGAGAAAAUUCCCCUACACCGAAGAUAUGCUGUCCAUGUAA